UCUCAGUACCUAGGCGGCGCCCAGGCUCCGGAAACAAGCCGUGGGGCUGCUGGGCUUCGCCAGAGCUGGCUGCUCUCACGACGCUUCCUGCCACGCCAGGCCUGCUUGCACCCGGCCAACUCCGCUUCUGCAAGGGCCCAGAGUCAGGCGCUGUGGGCCGGGUGAGCGUGCAGACCGCGGGAAGGACGUGCAGCUCAAGUGAUCGUGAGAGAUGUGUGCGAUCAAGGAUGUGCGGCCCUAGAGAGCUUGCGGGGCGGCGGGAGAAUGUGCUUGGGGGCUUGAGUGAGACCUUCCUUAUUGGACUAAUCUCUUGGAACUGUUCUAAAACGAGAUGAGUCAUCCCUGUGUGUCUCUUUUGGCUCCACCUGCUCCCCAAGGUCUUGCCCUUCCCCAAGAUGGAGCCCCAGGAAACCAGGUCCUGGCAGUCCCUCUUGAGAUGCCGGAGGCCCAGGAUUUGGUGUCCUUUGAUAUUGUACCGUGGCACCUCACAGAACAGGAGUGGCUGAGUCUGAGUCUGAGCCCGGAGCAGCAGGCACUGGCAUAUUCCAGGGCUGUGACCUCCAUUGGAGUUCCUGUUGUGAGUCCUGCUUUGGUAUCUCACCUGUCACAAGGACAAGUUCUGUUGGUAUCAGAUCCAUCCCUCAGCACAGAUCACACUAAGCACGCUGAAAGCACCUCUGUGACCUCCCACCAGAAGAUGGGUGAAGAAGCCCAGCUGCAAGAGAUGGCGUCCACGAGCUCCCCGAGGGCCAAUGACCCCAGCGCUGAGGUCAAACAGAAUGGGGACUCUGGGGGAAGGGGAGGGAGCCCACAAAAUCUGCCCAUAGAACACCAUUUUGCAUGUAAAGAGUGUGGGGACACCUUCCGCCUUAAAGUGCUCCUUGUUCAGCACCAGAGGGUUCACAGUGAGGAGAAGGGCUGGGAGUGUGGCGAUUGCGGGAAGGUCUUCAGGGGGGUAUCAGUAUUUAAUGAGCACAGGAAGAGCCACGCAGCUCUGGCCGCUCAGUCCUGGCCUGGCCCCAGUCAGGCUCUGGAAGAUGCCUUGGAAAAGAGGGAGCAAAUGGAGAGGGAGGCGAAGCCCUUUGAGUGUGAGGAGUGCGGGAAAAGGUUUAAGAAGAAUGCAGGCCUUAGUCAGCACCUGAGGGUGCACAGCAGAGAGAAGCCCUUUGAUUGUGAGGAGUGUGGGCAGUCCUUCAAAGCCAACACCCACCUCUUUCGACAUCAGAAGCUUCACACUUCGGAAAAGCCCUUUGCGUGCAAGGCGUGCAGCAGGGAUUUCCUGGACCGCCAGGAACUUCUCAAGCACCAGCGGAUGCACACGGGCCACCUGCCCUUCGACUGCGACGACUGCGGCAAAUCCUUCCGUGGUGUCAACGGCCUGGCAGAGCACCAGCGUAUCCACAGCGGCGCCAAACCCUAUGGCUGUCCUCACUGCGGCAAGCUGUUCCGGAGGAGCUCAGAGCUCACCAAGCACCGGAGGAUCCACACGGGUGAGAAACCCUAUGAGUGCGGCCAGUGCGGCAAGGCCUUCCGCCAAAGCUCCAGCCUGCUGGAGCACGAGCGCAUCCACAGUGGUGAGCGGCCUUACGCAUGUGGCGAGUGCAGUAAGGCAUUCAGGGGGCCUUCUGACCUCAUCAAGCACCGGCGCAUCCACAGUGGACUGAAACCCUAUGAGUGCGAUAAGUGUGGCAAGGCCUUCCGGAGGAGCUCAGGCCUGAGCCGCCACAGGCGGAUCCACAGUGGAGCCAGGCACUGUGAGUGCAAUGAGUGUGGUCGUGUGUUCAAGAGGCGCUCAGCACUGCAGAAGCACCAGCCCUCCCAUCGGGAGUAGACACUGCCUUGGGACCUAUAUCAGGGGUCCACAGAGGCCAUGGCCCAGUCAAAGGAGAUGAACAGUUUUGUAGCGCUUAUCUAUUUUAUUGUGUGAGAGGUUAGAAUGAUUUGUACUGCCACCAGCAAUUUAUAAAAGUUCAUGUUUCCCACUACAACUAUUGAGGGUAACUUUUACCAUUUUAACAUAGCUUGGCUACUUUUCCUGGCAGAUAGUACUGUCAAGGUAUUUUAAUCUUCACAUCUAGAAUGAGAAGAAAAAUCUGCAUAUGGGGAUCUAGUGGGGACAUGGGAAGUCCUUUUCAAGCUCUACCCCUGAGGACUGUUCAGUGGCAUCAAUAUGAUGAUGCACCUUUCUUGAAAGGAAAAUUGCCCCAAGAUUUUGGCCUACUUGAAUUCAUAAAAUUUUAGGGAUGUAAAUAGAUCAAAUGCCAUAAUAUUUAAUUUAUUAAUUUAGUUUAUAAGAUACAUAUUAUAAAUCACAUUAUAUGGAAUAAUAUAUUAAUUUAGAGAAUACUCUUUUUCACCAUACUCCAUUUGUUUCUAAUUCUUGAUGUGCAUUUUUGACCUCACCAACAUGGGAACCUGUUUGAGUCAUCAGUCCCCUCUGUUUUGAGCUAUGGUAGCACUGUGACAAUCCCUGCAUGAGGCUUUCAUCGGAAGUUUCCUCUCAAGCCGUAAAAACAUAUUCAUAUAACAUUAGAACCAUUACUUUGUGUUUUUAAAUUAGUACUGUACCUACAACAUAACCACUUAAAGUAGUGCUUUCCCAAAUGGCCUUUAAAAAGGCCUUUUUUUCCAUUUCAUACAUUACUCUUGGGUCACACUCCUAGUAAAACUUACUGAGCUGGAGAUAAACCUUUUUUUGUCUCUCAUUUUGCUAAGCCGAUUUAAUCCAAUGUCCCCUAUGAACACCAUAAACAUCAGUUUCUCCUCACACGGUGUCAUCUUGUUCAAAAUAAAGUGAGAUAGCACCCCCAAAUGAGAAGGACAUCAUCAGGACUUAAGGUGAAGUGACUCCUCUUUCUUGGAAGAUCCUCACCUGAUAUCAGACAUAAAUGGUACUUCUCCAACCCUCCAUUUCCAGCGGUGAAGUGGGGAGUAGUCAUAGUCCCUAUCUCCUAAGGUUCUCAAGGAGUAUGCCUUGCCUGCAAGAAUGCUGCCUGGCAAGGAGGUAUACUCAGUGAAGGUCACUUGCUGACAUCCCACAGCUCAGUAGUACCAGAAACAAGGGUGGACCCUCGGGCCUCCUGACUAUUACUCUCAUUUUUCAUGCUAUGACUUCAGUACUGUUUCUGUUUUCUUGCAUGCAAAUUAUCCGUUCAUCUCCUUUGACUAGAUAUCAAGUUACCUUUGGAUAUAUUGAUUUUAUAUAGUAGUUCUUUCCAUAUCAAUUGUGAUGUUAUUUUCCAAUUUUUAUUGCUUGGCUUUUUUUAGUACUUUUAUUACAUUUUUGUUGUGCAGGCUUUGGAUUUUUUUACGUAUCCUUGAAUUCUUUCUUGUCUGUUAACUUGUGACUUUCAUUGCUUCAGUACUUAGAUAUGAUGACAUUUUCUUUGAGAAUUUACUUAUAAAAGAGAAGCUAAAUCCCUUGUCCACUAAGAAAGUGAACAUACAAGGUGGGCAGGCUGGAUGGGAGUGGACCAGAGAAGCAGGCCCAUGCCUCAUCCAAGAUGCAGACUCUAUAUAUGUCUGUGGGCAGCACUUGACUAUACAACCUGGCCACUGAGGCACACUAGAGACAUGUGCAUCACACAUUGCUCAGAACACUCUGUGACUGCUCAUCAUUAUAGCCCCAGCCACCAGCAACAGGGCUCAGCUUCACCUAGGCCAACAGAAUGGUCCAAAUAUGAUCUGGCAGCAGCCAAUCAUCCUUCAAGCUAUCAGGAGCCUUGACUAUUUUGGAUUCAGCGACUGAGCAGCAGCUCCACCUAAGAAACAUCUCAGACACAGAAGACUCACCUGACUGGUGUGUUAUAUGACCUCUAUCCUCCUCCCAUCAAGUGACUCUGGAAUGAGAGAGAUCAGUUUUGUAGUUUCUGCAAGUAGGAUGAGAAAUUUACCCAUGUGUUCUGGCAUCACUUCCUGCAGCCACAUUUAAGGGAUGACAACAUAGGCCUGGAGAGAAAUGGAGCUGUGUUCCUCCAGUAGCCUGCAUGCCAUGCCACAGAAGUUGCACCUGGUUGCACCAGGUCUGGUCCAGGACUUGGAAUAGCCAUGCCCAAGAGGGGCAAUAAAACAAGAUCAGAGGGCAAGAAGCCAUUCUGACAGUCUAUGUAGCACAGAAAUCGAAACUGAUCACCCUGCAGUUGGGCCUUGCUUCAGGCAGCCCCCUUUAGGAGAAACAGCAGGUGGGGAAGAUAGCCACAUCAAGGCUGUGGCCUGAGUUUCCGUUUGUGCCCUAAGGGGUGUUGGAAGGUCAGAAAAUGCCCUUAUGGCAGCCUAGUAAGGGAGGUCCCAGCCCAUCCUGGGAAGCAAGGUCUGACUGAUAAUGACCUCCAUAAUCUUGGCCAGAAGGGCCUAAUGCCUGCAGGCCACCACAGUGGCUCUGUGGGCCUUCUCCAGGCUGAGCGAAGCCAACAGCAGUUGCUGCACAGCAACUCCUAUUGCUCUGUGGGCUCAGUUCUGGUGGUUUCUUGUGAAUGGGUCUGGACCCACUUCUUUCUCAGAUUACUCUUCUCAUUGUGAGCUGUUAGGACAUGUUUUGUACAGCUAUUGGGUAAGGAAUGUUAACAUCAAAAGAAACAAAUCUGGCACCUUUGCCUUGCAGGAAAUGCCAUUUCUUGCUCAUUUGCUCAUCAUUUGUCAAGGUUGACAAAAGGUAUUAUUGAAGUCUAGAGUAGCACUAACUCGGAAGCCAGCAGUGUGAUCACUGUCCAGGGCAUGCCCUAGGACAUGACAUCUCUUCACAUCCCUUCCUGCCCUCUUUUACUCUUUUCUAGUUUGGAUUCUGUAAUUUUUUCUUGAACAAAUCCUUGUUUUAGAGUUAACACUAUAAACCAGUGUUCUUUCCAUGACUAUUAUUGGAUCAGCUUUUAAAUGGUGUUGGUGGUGAAAUCCCUGCUCUUUCUCCAAAUGCAAUCAGUGUGUGGCUUUAACAUGUGGCUCACAGUUGCAUCCUUUGCCUUGGGUAAUGUGGGGAUGGUUUUCCUUGGACCCACUAGGUGUACUGCUAUGUCCCAUGCAAAUGUGAGCAAGCUUCUUGAAGUGUGUGCUCGUCUAUGCAUCCAUGUAUCUACCUCAUUGCACUUUUCUUUCUAACCACAUAUAUUCUUGAAAGGGAAUGGAGAACAGCUAGAUUGCAUAGAAUUAUGGUUCCCUGUAGAGAUCCAUUCCUUUACCAUAUUAAGAAAGAAACCCCGUGUGGCUUUUAUUAGAGUUUGUAAUACUUGCUGAAAUUUUUUAAAAAGCAAAUGUUUACCAUUUUGCUGCUUAUUAUGAUUAACUAUAUCAAUUAGUUGUAUUAUAUCAAUUAGUUGUAUAAUACCCACUCUUGAAUUUACAGAAUAAUCCCCACCAGAUCACAGUGUGAGCAUCUUUCUCCCAUGAUACUGCAGUCUGUGUGCUUGAUUUUUAUGCUUGAAGUGGCAUGACACCUGACCUGCCUGCAGUCCUGGACUGUGGCCCUGUUGUGUGCUACAUGACUCACCACCCCAUUUUUGGGCCACAUUAAUUAAGCCAAUCCCAGACACCUGACCCAAAGGCAGCAACCAGCAGUCAGACCUGAUUGGAGAAGAUGGACUUGGCCUUUUAGGCAUGUGAAAUGCAAACGAGGAAGCUGAAGACUCUGGUUGGUAUUGGACCAUGGAGGGAGGCACAAGGUAUUUCAAGGAGUUCCCCCUGUGAGUAGAACCAUAGUGGAGAUCUAUAUGUUCCUGCUGUCCUGCCUAGAGCUACUUGGGUCUCACUCUGAGGGAGGCCUGGAUAUAUGUUCCUGGAUUACUGGCAGCUGCCUGCAUCAGUCUAUGUGUGUCCUCAGCAUAUACUUCCUCCCAUUGCCCUGAGCCACCUUGAGUGGGUCUGUGCUUUUUGAAAUUUGCCAAGAGCCAAUUGCAUUUGACAAUUGGGUGGCUUCCUGAGAAGACUUGUAUUGCUGGCUUUCCUCACAUUCUACCCACCCAACAUUCCUGGCCUCAAUCCCAGUUUGAUUGACAUGAACACCUGUUUAAAUGUGGUACUGUAUUCUGUUUACUAAGAUGGGUAGAACUCUAUGCCUUUUAGUCUCUGGGUUUAACCUAUGAUCUUCUGUAUGAGUGUAGUUCCUUUUCCGAACAGCAUUUGGCUCAUAAGAUGAGCUCAUUGUAGCCUGUUCUACUAUUUUGGAAGUGUUUUACUGUUUUCAGCAAACCUGCUAGAUUAGGGGAUUGAUAACACCUCUAUUCCUAGUGUGCUUACAUUCUAUAGUUUGCAUUAUAUUGGUUUGGGUACUUACUUUCAAAAAUAGAAAUAGUAUCUUUCAACUUGAUCCUCAAUGCUACUUGUGUAUCUCUGAGAAUAGUAGUUAUGUCCUACCCAGUUUGUAUUCAGUUUUGGGCAUUCUUGUUCUUCCCCGGUCUGAUUAUCUUGUCUGUUUUAUGGCACUCACUAUAAUCAGCCUUGUACUAGAGCUGUUUGUGGACUUGGCUUCUCCUCCCCUUUUCUCAGCCUUCCCCAAACUAUUAGAUUGUGAGCUCUUAGAAGACAGGGGUGGCCUUUCAUGUCUAAUUCCCUACCAAAUCUAGCACAGUGCCUUGCAUCUAGUAGAUUUCAAUAAAUAUAUGUUAAAUGGCA